CUGGUAUUCUGCAAGCCUGGACUUCUGAGCUUGGCGCGCGGCUGCAGGGAUUCGCUGGAACUCGCGCCAAGGACCGCGCCCGGGAUCCUGCAGGGGUGGGAAGGAGGCGCGGGCUCCUUGCUUCCGCCGCAGGGGGGCGCUGCCGGGCUCCCCGGCACUAGCGCUACUGGCGGCCCCGGCGGCCGGGCGUCCCGCCUGCAAGAUGUCCGUGCGCCGCGCCGGCCGGGGACCCGCCUCUCCUGGCUGCUGUGCCGCAGCGCCCUGCUGUCCCCGGCCUCGGGCUACGUGAUCGUAAGCUCCGUGUCCUGGGCCGUCACCAACGAGGUGCACAGGAGCUGGACAGCGCCUCCACUGAGGAGGCUAUGCCCGCGCUGCUGGAGGAUUCGGGCAGCAUCUGGCAGCAAAGCUUCCCCGCCUCGGCUCAUAAGGAGGACGCGCACCUGUGGCCCCGGGCGGGCGCCGCCCGCGCCAGGCCGCCCCCCGCGCCGCCCGGGGUGUUCUCCUACCGGCGCGAGGGCGGCCAGGCGGCCGGUGCGCCCCCGGGCCCUAGACUGCGCGCCGCCACCGCCCGCUCCCUGGCCCACGCCGGCGUCUGGGGCUGCCUGGCCACCGUGUCCGCCCACGAGAAGAUCCAAGGACUGCCAUUUGGGAACUGCCUGCCCAUCAGUGAUGGCCCCUUCAACAAUAGCACUGGGAUUCCUUUCUUCUACACGACAGCCAAGGACCCCGUGGUGGCUGAUCUGAUGAAGAACCCCAUGGCCUCGCUGAUGCUGCCAGAAUCAGAAGGGGAGUUCUGCAGGAAUAAGUUUGUGGAGUUCGACAUGAAGCCAGUCUGUAAGAAGUGCUAUGAGAAAUUUCCAUUGGAGCUGAAGAAAAGACUUAAGAAACUAGCUGAGACCUUAGGAAGGAAGUUCCUUUAUUUUUUCUUUUCUAUGCAAGAUAAGAGAUUACCAACAUUACUUGUCUUGAUCUACCCAUAUUUAAAGCUAUAUCUCAAAGCAGUGGAGAGAGAAGAGGACCUGUAUGAAUGGUUUUAUGUCAUUUUUUAAUUAAAAAAGAAAAAUUCAUAUAAUCGUGUUUAAAACACAGAUGAAGUCAGUAUCUGCCUUUGUUAACCCUUAUCCAUUUGUUGACAUGUAGACUGUUUACAAAAAAAACACACGUAGUUAAAUGUUAAAUUUUAAUUAAGGCCCCCCCAAAUUAAAUAUGACUUUUUAAAAUGAAAGGAGCCACCUUUUACAUGACUCAGGUGAAAAAACAGUAUAAACAUUAAUUUACUUUGUAUUCAAAAGAAAAUUCCAACUGCUGUUGGGGAAGGACACAGAAAAGAAAAAUAACCACCCAAGAAAAACAAAAACAAGAAAAACAAAUCUUAUACAAUCUUUAGUAUAUUUAUCAAACUAGUAGCUAUAAAGUGAAUAUGCACAUUGCUAAGACAGAAAACAAGUGUAAUUCAGAACUACUUGAUUUUUUUUAGUUAAAUGCGAUAAUUAUUAUGCUUAGUUUUAUAACCUGCUCUCCUUGUGAAUUCUUCCUUCAAAUGAUUACUUAACACAGUAGUAAUAGCUAGCUAGUAGGAUGUCUUUUAAAUUUUUGUGCAAAAAAAUUUAUACCAGGUAUUUGGAAAUAUACUUUACAAUAUUGGAAAAUGAAGUAUUUUUAAUGUAUUACAGCAAUUAUGUUUCUAAGCUUAAUGUUAAGCAUGUAGUCUUAGAAUAGGACAUGAAAUUAAAUUGUAUGUAGCUUGGAAUGUAUUGCUUCAGAAAACUGAAUGUGUAUGUCGGUCAUAUUGCCUUUAUAACCAUGCUAAUAUCUAUGCUUUAUACAUACUCAAACUUGCCUUGCCUUAAAAAAAUACAUACUACAUACUUAAAUCAGAAAUUCUAGCCAUCUCACAGAAUACCAAUUAAAACUAAGUGCGUUGAGAUCUGAGAUUGGGAAACCCAGAUUCAUUUACCACAGCUGUAAUUAUGUUUUUAGAAACUCUAUUCUCCUCUUUUUGGGGAAAUCCAUUGAAGUUAAUUUCUGUUAUCUUAUUAGAAGAAAAUGAUGUUGAUAUGUUUCAGAUUUUCCAUUUCAAAUCUUAUAAUUAAUUGGAUUUAUUUACUAUAAGUAGGAGGUAUAAAUGACACUCUUAAAUUGGAAGGAGGGGUGUUUUAGUGUCUGUUUUAGGUCAAAAUUAGUGAUUCUAUUUUUAUCAAAAGUUUUAUCCUGAAGUUUCAGGACCACUCUUCCUUAAUAAACUUGUUAAUGGAAAGCAAGCUUUAUGAACAUUUAAAAAUGUUGCUGCUGCUUUGUUACUUAAAAAGAAAGUUGCCAAGAGAGACUUCUUAGGGAAAGUAUUUUUUUUUCCAAAAAUUGCUGAAAUAUGGUUUUGCCAUUUUUAAAAAGUCUCAGGUUAUUACCACUCUGCCAUUAAAUAUUUGUAUGCCUGCAUUUUUAAAAAUUCUGUGCAUGUACUUUAUAGAGUACAUUCUAUUUUUGUUUUCAGAUACCCUACAACCAAUUUUUUUAGUAAUCUUUUAGAAUUAAAAUUAUCAUAAAUGAUUGAAAAUAAUAAUCACGUAGUUUAAGAUUGUAUGUGUUCGGUAGUUUAAAACAAUCUUUGCAUUUGACAGUAAGAAUCAAAGUCCCUUCAGUGUGCCUUUGUCAGCUAAUAUGUGACCAGCAAUGACAACCUUGGGAGUAUUUAUUAAAUAUUAUACUAUGAAUAUAGGCAACAUAGGACAGGGUUUGCAGUAUAGAGUCUUGAUGCUAAAUUCUCAUAUACCUCUACACGAGAAAUAUGGAGGAGAAAAACAAGCAUUUACAUAUAUUCUUCGUCACUUUGAAGAUGCAUGGCCUGAACUCGACUGCUUGUGUUUGUUUACAUAUCAGGCAUAGCCAGGCAUCUCCUGUAGCCAGAGGUUCCAUUGCUGUCUUUGCUCAGUCCUCUUUUAAAAUAUGAAUUAGUGGACAGGUGCGGUGGCUCACACCUGUAAUCCCAGCACUUUGGGAGGUCGAGGCAGGUGGAUCACGAGGUCAGGAGAUCAAGAUCAUCCUGGCUAACACUGAAACCCCAUCUCUACUACAAAAAAAUUAGCCGGGCGUGGUGGCGGGCACCUGUAGUCCCAGCUACUCAGGAAGCUGAGGCAGGAGAAUGGCGGGAACCCGGGAGGCAGAGCUCGCAGUGAGCCAAGAUUGCGCCACUGCACUCCAGCCUGGGCAACAGAGCAAGACUCCAUCUCAAAAAAAAUAAAAAUAAACUAUGAAUGAGUAUUUUCUAGAAAUUCAACUUGCUAAGCCUAUAAUACUUAAGGGUAGUUUAUCUAGAUACAGUACUUUCUUCCCUGAUAAGUAGUAUCAUUGGAGCCCUUAGGUAUAGGAGAAGAGGAAGAAGUUUAAAAAGUGUACCUGGGCUGGGUGUGGUGGCUGACUCCUGUAAUCCCAGCACUUUGGGAGGCCGAGGGGGGCAGAUCAUGAGGUCAGGAGAUCGAGACUUUCCCGGCUAACACGGUGAAACCCCGUCUCUACUAAAAAUACAAAAAAACAUUAGCCAGGCGUGGUGGCGGGCACCUGUAGUCCCAGCUACUCACGAGGCUGAGGCAGGAGAAUGGCUUGAACCCAGGAGACGGAUCUUAGCAGUGAGCCGAGAUCGCGCCACUGCACUCCAGCCUGGGCGACAGAGCAAGACUCCGUCUCAAAAAAAAAAAAAAAAAAAAAAGUGUUUAAGUGGAUUAAAAGAGAAACUUGGUCUAGUUCAUAAUAUUUUUAAUAGGGCUUUCCCUGGCUGCUGGAAAACUUAGGCCAGUAAGCAUCUCUUUGUUUAAAGUCCUACAAGACAAUUUGAAAUAAUUCAUUGUUCAUGCCAAAAUUCUAAGUACCGUUUUUCUUAGCAAGUGUAAUAUAAUCGGGAAAAAUGGGUACAAGUAAAACAUUCUUUGGAUCAUACUCAAAGCCUUAUUAGCACUGCACCUGAAUAAUAGGUCAUUUUGCCUCACUCAUUUGCCAAAGUAGCCAUUUCUAAGUUAAGGAAGUUUUUAGGUAGGCUCAUAGCCUUGUGUUUCAUUUUAGAUUGUAAGCUCAAUGGCAGGGAUACUAUAUCGAUAAUUAUGUUUUCAUACAGCAACCAUCACAGUAAAUUCUUGGUGCUUAAUAAAUGUUAAUAAUUGUUAACAAUAA